GGUAAUGGUAUUUCUCUGCAGCAAACACAACGACAGCAAACGUCGGUGUGGGAGAUCCUGCGAGAGAACCAAGAUGGUCCCAGCACCAGUUCAGGAACCUGGAAUCAAGGCGAUGAACUCAAGGCUGAACUGCAGCAUUAUGGCGGUAUCCUUAGAACAUCACGUCCUGCGUUCAACACGGAUCCAAUUCUUUGGUGGAGAGCGUAUAUGUUGGAAUUUCCUAUUCUUGCAGCUGCUGCUUUCAGUCAUCUGGCUACUCCAGCUACAACUGUAGACUGCCAGCGUUUGUUAAGUUUGGUAUCGGAAUCUCCAGCUGUCAGAGAACACAAUGGUCCAGUACGGAAAACCGACCGCUUGUUGUUAACCCUGAAGGCGCAUUUGCAUAAGGAUGUGAGCAGGUAA